GAUCAUUGCCUAAACCAGCAUACACUACUGUAUACUAUCUCUUGUCGCAUUUUUUUUCUGCUGUGUCAUUUGUCGCGAAUACUUUGAGACACUAGAAACUCACACUUGGUAUAAUACACGACAAAGCUCAGUAUGGAAUAUUAAUCUGAUCAAUGGCUGUAAAAAUAGGCUCUGUACCGGCAUUAUCCAAUGAAUUAUAUACUGCCAACUCAUCAGGCAGCUGGACAUGAAGGCUACUUCACUCCUGAAGAUGGCUCACUAUUCAUAAAGGCCACUGACCAGCAAGAAAUUGACUUUUAUACUCAAGUACAAGCCCAUGAUGAUGAACAAGAUGAUGAACAAGAUGAUUCAUACUUGGGCUCAAAGCUUUCAGAUUGGAUGCCUCUAUAUAUGGGAACAUUGACUAGUGGAGAUAUCACUAAAUCAAACACAUCAGCAACCACUAACAAUAACAAUAACAAUAACAAUAAUAAUAAAAAGUAUAUUGUCUUACAGAACCUCUACCAGGGCUUUAAACGUCCCAGCAUUCUAGAUAUAAAGCUCGGAGCUUUAUUGACUGAUCCAGAUUCCACACUGCCUGAUAAAAUUGCUAGAUUAAAAGAAGUUAGUCAGUCAAGUACAAGUGGAUCUUUACAUUUUAGAAUUUGUGGAAUGGACGUUUACAAUGGUAAUAAUACUAAACUACCUACUGAUAUAUUUCCUAAUAUGAAUAAAGAUGCAUUGGAAAUAAAGAAAGAUAAUGAAUAUAUAUUUUUCAAUAAGCUUUAUGGCCGAUCAUUAACAACCGAUACUAUAAAUGAAGGAAUCUUACUCUAUUUCAAGCAUAACUUUGCCGAACAACAAUUGGGAUCUAGAAUUAUUCGGAGAUUAUUAAGUACAUUCCUUAAACGAUUACAAUUACUAUACAAUUGUAUUCUUGAUUAUGAAAUCAGGAUAUACAGUGGAUCACUCUUAUUUAUAUAUGAGAGUGACUUAUCAAUGUAUGGAGAAGGUAUACUUGACGAUGAUGAAAAGUACGAUGAACUUGAUCCUCUUGUUCAGGAACCCAUCAUUGAAGUUGAUGAUGAUGAUGAUGAAGAUGAAGAUGAAUAUGAAGAUGGAGAAGAUACUCAACAAUCACUGCAACAAUUCACUCCUCUUAGCAGUCUACAUUUUAUAGACUUUGCCCAUGCAAAAUUCGUCAAAGGUAAGGGUCAUGAUGACAAUAUAAUUAUUGGGAUUGAGAAUUUAAUCAAUAUAUUUGAACAACUUGUACAAGAUUACAAAUAAUUAAGAAGAUUAUUAAAUGAUAACGGAUUUUAUGAUAUUCGUAUUUACAAUUAAAAUGAAUCAAAUGAUU